UCGUUGCUGUCCCCGUCUUUUUUCAACUUUCUUUUCCUUUGCCAGCGUUUGACAACACAAUCCAUCAAAAAUUCUUCGUGCUCUUCUCGUUAAAAGAAAAAAGAGCGACCCCAUUUUCGUGGGUUUGGUCACGAAUCAUAAACUAGAAAAUAGCAUUUGUCACUAUAUGCCCAAAAUGGAUGUCAUAAAGGGUCAAAAACGAUCAAUGGUCUUUCUUAUAUAUAUGCAGAUGCAAUCGAAACAGCGAACUAUGCAUCCCACGAGAAAACCCUUUUACUACUGUUUUCAAGGAUCAUUUUUGCCACGUAAAUACAACAAAGGGUAUCUGCGGGUGAAACCGGUAAGACAGAAUAAGCACAGCAGGCCAAAGAGCACGACAAUUGACAAUAAAAUGCGAUCCACCGUAGCGUCAAAGCUGAAUAUCAUGACUGUUGGCACCCACACUCAUGGCCAAAACACUGUAGAAAAGAAAAAGAGUCCCUUCAUCUCCUGAGAUCUAAUCAUGACUGCCGGUUGCUGCAGCUGCCACGAUGUUUUGCGUAUUGCCAUUUGGGCUUCACGGGUUCAACAACAAGCUCCUAGACACAACAGCAGCCGCAUACAAUCACUCCAUAAGCCGCGCCAAUACACCUCAUCUUGACCAUGUCGGAGCCUUUGGGGUCAUGGCGCCAUUAUGCAUGUGAAGUUUGCGCAGUAGGAAUAUUUUCCCAAUU